CAUGUUUCACUUGGUGUCAAACUUCAAGAAAAAGUAUCACAUAAAGGUAUUUGAUGACCAUCUUUGGGCUGCUGCUUACUCAUGGAACAAGUAUAUAUUUGAGAAAAAUUGGGUUGCAAUGGAGACAGCAAAGCCAGCGGCAACUACAUAUCUUAGGAAGUGGCACACUAGGUUGUGGACUAGGAGUCAGUUCUCAACCAUUUGUAAGGUGGACUAUGUAACCAACAACCUAGCAGAGUGCUUCAAUAAAUGGAUUAAGCACCACAAGUCCUUGAACUUGGAUGACUUAAUGGACAAGCUUAGGCAAAUGAUUAUGAUCAUGUGGAAUCGAAGGAGAAAAGUAGCAAAGAAGUUAGCUGGCUUAUUAAUUUUGCCCCACAUAAUGAACAAGUUGAUUGCAAAGAGUAGAGAGUUAAACUUGGAGGUGGUAGAAAGCUCGGAAGAAGUUGCUGAAGUUACUCAAUUGGGAGGCAGCGGGUUUAGGUUUGUUGUCAACUUGCAUGACAACACAUGUUCUUGUAGACAAUGUCAAGUUUCCGGCUUCCUUGCAAGCAUGCUCUAGCAUUCAUCACAUCACUUGUCAAUGCACAUAUACAGAAUUAUGUGGACUUGUAUUACUCCAUUGACAAGUUUAGGGCAGCUUAUGGCCAACUAAUCCCUGCUAUGUGUGACAAGACCCAGUGGCCUGAAUCUAACCAUGGAUUCUUCAUGCAUCCACCCUUGUUAAAAGCUGUAGCUGGUCGGCCCCAAACCGAGAGGCAUAAGGGUUGUGGUGAGAAAAAUAGGAAAAGUGGCCAGCACUUGUGCCCUAUUUGCAAGGAAUACGGGCACCAUUGGCAUAAGUGCAAGAAGGGUAACAAAGAUGACAUUGCUGCUUUCAUGGCUGUGAGAGAACCACCAAAGAAGAGGAGGAAGACUAUUAAAACAUCCGAGUCAUCCAUUGUGCCAAGAGGUGAUGACGCGCCAGCAGCCGCUAUGUAUUUUCCACCAAGCCAAAACUUGGAAACUACAACCAAGAAGAAGGGAAAGCAUAACCAAACAUUGGAGACUACAAACAAGAAAAAUGCAAAAGGGGGGAAAAGGGCCACAAGGAAGAUGGAGCUUGCUAAAAAGGAUCAAAACAAUCCGAUGGUGCCAUUUGACAGCCCUGCAAUGGGCACUAGAAGCAAAAAAGCUUACCCAACUAGCCCUGCAAUGGGCACAAGAAGCAAAAGGCGGCUCAGCUUGUGAACUUCUUUCACUUAAUGUCACUUUUGUUGCUGCUCAUGUCAUGUUGUGUGGACUUGGAGUAAUGUAUGUGAACCUGGGUAUGAUGUGAGCCACUUUUGGGUUGCUAAUAUGAUGUAUGUGUGGACUUGGAGUAGUAUGUGAA